AUGGCCGAUGAGAUGAAGCCGUUGCCCAUCGGCGCGGCUAUUGGUGAUGAAGUGUCAGAGUCUUCCGCGUUGUCUCUCGCGGAUGUGAGCGCUGGGUCUCCCAACGCGGUUGCCUUCACGGAGGUCUACUUCGAGUACAUCUCCUCCAUGACCGCCCUGCAACCGGGGAUGGUCCGAGGGAUACGCGUCUUCCGUUUGCUGCAGCGUGCACCGUGGUAUUGGCUGCAUGGUAAGCUCGCCAAGCUACACGGCUUCAGCGAGCAGGUCUCCCAGAUCGAUGCGUUUUUGUCUCACAGCUGGCAUGAUGUGGGUUGGCUCAAGUAUGUCAACAUGCUCUACCUCAGCAAUGGCUCGUUUGCUUUUUGGAUGAGCACGCUCAGUUCUCUGUUGGCGAUGGCCCUCUUCCAGGUGGGCGUGCUGCCAGAAUGGCGUGGCACGCUUUGGACGUACUGGAAUUGUCAAUGGUGUACAAUUUUCGGAAUUCUGGCACAUUACUUGACCUUGCUGCUCUGCCCUCGCCAGGCUCGCGUUUUCUUGGACAUUGCAUGCAUAGAUCAGCGUAGCGAGGAUGAUAAGAUCGCAGGCCUCGUCAGCAUGGGUGCCGUCUUGAAAAGCUCGAAGAGCAUGGUGGUACUUUGGUGUCCGAGUUACGUCACACGGUUAUGGUGCAUAUUCGAGCUGAGUGCUUUCCUGCACAGCCAGAAGACCCAGGAUCUCAAGCAUCGGAGGGCAAACCUCAAAGUUUGCCCUCCGAUGCUUGGGCCCACAUUGAUGGUGACCCAUGUGAGCCUGAGCGUCACGGCCAUGAUCUACCUUUCGUUGCGAGGCUCCUUCGGAGAUUCGACCGUUUUCAUCGGGGGAGCUGUCGCGAUCCCGCUGUUUUGCCUGACCUUCUACUCCGCCAGGGCAUAUUUCCGCAGCAUCGACGUGCUUGAGGGUGAAGUGCGCAACUUGUCCAUUGAGAAGUGUGCCAGCCAUUGCUGCCGAGAGGGCCGCCCCCAUGGGGGGAUUUGCGACCGGGAGGUCAUCCUCCGAUGCAUCGAUGCCUGGUUUGGGUCGGUCUCGAACUUCGACCAGUAUGCGCAGGAGAAGCUUCAGAUGGCUUUGGUGGAUCAACUCGCAGAUGCCGUCUUCUCGUACCCCCGCAUCAUCAUGGCCAGCGCGCCCGUGCUGUGGCUGGCGCUUGACCGGGCGGCCGCCGAAGCGCAGCACUCACUGCAUGAUGCAGCUGCUGCCCUGGUCCGUUUUGUCUCCUGGUGGGUGGCCGUUCUACCCUGCAUCGCCAACGUGAUUCUGCGAUUGAGCUACAAGCUGCGAGCGCACUGCGGGAGCUUUGCGUUGGAGGUCCUGUCCUCCUUGGGAGUGGUGGGGCUGGCUGGCUGCCUGGCCAGUGCUUUCCUUGUGCUUGAGAGGCGCGUCGUCUGGGAGCUGUUGCCCAGCCAGCUUCUCGCAAGCUUGCUUUUUCUGGGCUUGACGGGCGCCGUCAAUCUCUGCUUGUGGUGCUGCCUGCCGCGGUUUCGGGUUUAG